AUGAGCCCAUCCGACGAGCUUGAACAAAGCAGUUUUUCUGAUGUUGUGGAAGACAGGAACGAUCAACAACAAGGACAAGAGGUUACUCCAAAACCUACAGAGGAACUGAAGCCUCCAGUUGUUGCCGAGCCAAAGAAAGCAACUGAACCUGAAUCAAAGACAGCAAGCACAGUAGCUGCUACUUCUACUCCAUCCUCAAAGAGAACAAGUCUUGGAGAGCCACUUCCAAUCAAAUUGGGUCUUGCCGACCAAACUCCUCUUGAUCAAUUGAGUGCUGUUGAUGUAAUCAUGUGGAGAAAUUAUUUGGUUACACUCCCAGUUUUCCUUGCCAUUCAAGCUCUCUUCCUUCUCAUUGUCAAGUAUGAAUUUUCCGUUGUUACUCUCGUCGGUAGAAUUGUUUUAUUGCAAGUUAUUCUCUCCAUUGUAUAUAUGGUUGUCUUCAAGAUUGUCCAAAAUAAUCCAAAUCUCAAAUUCCCAUUCGAAGAUGUUCAAAUCAGUGAAGCCCUUGUCAACAAAAUUGUCAGUGGUGUCGUUGCAAACGUCAAUGCUGUCUUGAAGUACUACGUUGACAUUUUGAGUUGCAAGAAUUUGUCCAAGUCACUCUUGUUUGCUUUGGUUGUGCAAAUUAUCUGUUGGCUCGGAAAGAAGAUUUCAGGAGAGACUUUCUUGUAUGUUGCUUUGAAUGUCUUGUUCACUCUCCCAUUAAUUUAUGAGUGGAAGCAAACUGAAAUUGAUAAUGUUGUAAGCAUUGGAUGUCAAAAGGCAAAGGAGCAAUUGUCUAUUGUUUAUGAGAAGCUUCCUCCACAAGCUAAAGAAUUUCUUUCAAAGUUGGAUUUGGAAAAGAAGAAUAAAUAA